UUUGCAGCCUUUGUUUUUUCGUCUCCUUUAUUUGCUCGAUUUGGAACGGAAUCGUUGAAAAAGCAUCUUUUUUCCGUGUCUGGGUCGAUAUUGAAGAACGAUAGCAUGCCUAGAGGUCGAGGAAGGGGUGAUUUUGAGGGUGGAGAGCUGUCUAAUCGCGCGUACAGGAGGCGAGGUCGAGGAGGAAGGGGUCGAGGAUAUCAUGGAAGGUUUGGAAACAGGCACCAUGAUCGAAGGCCGUUCCACACUGGUGGUUUUGGAGAACAUGCCAUGAAUGAAACAAAGUACUUCUUUGAAAAUGGUUUAAGAAAGGUCCGACCAUACUUUUUUACAUUCAGCACAUAUGCCAAGAGGCGAUGGGUGGGACGUACAAUCCUGGAUGUUUAUUCUGAGGAAUUUCUCCAGCUUACCAGAGAGGAAUAUAAACUUUUCAUCGAAGCCGGCAGCUUGAAAGUGAACGACUCCACUAUUUCACCGGACUAUGUCAUCAAAGAUGGCGAUUUCAUUCACCACACAAUGCACAGACAUGAGAACCCUGUUGCUGAUGAACCAAUUGAGAUCAUAGAAAUGGAUGAGGAUAUAGUCGUCGUAAACAAACCAUCGUCCAUUCCUGUCCAUCCUUGCGGCAGCUACCGACACAACUCGGUCAUAUUCAUCCUGGGACAUGAGCAUAAGUUGUUUAAUCUGCGAACCAUCUACCGACUGGACCGCUUGACGUCUGGCGUCCUCGUUCUUGGGCGAUCACACCGACGGACCUUGCAGUUAGAGAAACAGAUAAAGGAGAAACAGAUCUUGAAAGAAUACGUCUGCAGAGUGGUGGGAGAAUUUCCAAGUGAAAGAGUUGAGUGCACAGAAUCUAUGGACAUUCUCUCACCAAAGCUUGGCAUCCAUCGGGUGUGCGCACAAGGCGAGGGCAAGGAGAGCAUGACGAUAUUUGAGCGGAUGUGGUACAAUGGGAAGACAAGUGUGGUCAGAUGUAAACCAUUAACAGGCCGGACACAUCAGAUUCGAGUUCAUCUACAGUUUCUUGGUCAUCCUAUCAUCAACGAUCCAAUCUAUAACAGUCCAGCAUUCGGUCCAGUCAGGGGAAAGGGUGGUGAAUAUGGGAAGACACUGGAACAGUUAGAAAACGACAUCAAGGAACACCACAGCAGGGAAAAGUUCAAAAUCGAUUUCUCGGAGAUAGUCAGUGGCUUGAAGAACGACGGCGACAGUAGUGGUGAUUUAUCGGCCCAAACAAAUAAUGGUGCAGAUUAUUGGACAAAAGACGACGCAGUCACGACUGGCGUGAAACGUGGGUGCGAGGUUGACGCGGAGGAGGAACCGCAGCAGAAACAGAUAAAGACGGAGGUCGAGGAAUCUGAGGCAGACGGAGCAGCCGGGCCGUCUGGAGAAGCUCAGUGCAAGGACUGUAGAGUGCAGUACAAGGAUCCGUCGCCGUCGGACUUAGUCAUGUAUCUCCACGCCUACAAAUAUCAGGGACCCGACUGGGAGUACGGCACAGACAUGCCAGAAUGGGCCAGGAGAGACUGGAGUGAUCCUAGCGGAGAAGCCUCAUGAUCAGUUCAGCAGGAAUUGCAAAGUGACAUUUUUACUGCCCCCGGUUAAUUUCAAGAUGUAUAGCAACUUGACAGAAAAAUAUUCUGUUCCUUACAGAACUCUGCUCUAAAAAGACGCAUUGAAUUUCCUGCCAGUGUAAUUCCAUUGUUUUUGGUCGACCAUUACUUUAUAGCCACGAAAUCGAUGGUCGACCAAAAUUGCCACCAAUACUUAUCAGGUCUGCCUACAUGUGUACAUGUACUCAAUAUCCUGAGUAUACAUGUGCAUGUGUUCUCAAGUAAGGCAUUGCAUUUUUAUUGCAUCAAGGAUUAAUACAGACCAGUCUUUGUUUAUUCUUAAUUGCAUUCAUACUCAAUCAACCAGGUGUACCCACUUUAUCCCAGGUCUUGGUUAACAUUGUAAAGCUGCCUUUCAAUGACCCGCUAAAUCCUGCCCCUGAGUUAGCGUGAAAUAAUCAUGAAUGCUGUAUGAGAGAUGACCUCCCAUCCGUACAGACGUCAGUUUAUUUCAUAUUUUGCACAAUGACCCCUAGAUCCUGCCCCUGAUGUGCCAACGGCCUGGUCGGUAAUGCACUGCCGCUGGCUAUGCUGAGUACAGUGAGAAUCUAGGUCGCGUUGGCAUGCAGAGUUUGAUCAAUUAUAGCUGGUCAACUGUUUAGUUAUUGUCUAUUGUCUGUCAUUUUGUUUUGUCUUUCUAAUUGCAUUGGUAUGUUACUCCCAUUCUUAUUGCACAAAAGUCUCAAAUAUUGACAAAGUUUUAUGAUUUACAAUAACUCUGCUUUUUAGGAUUUUUGUCCCUUGAACUUCACGUUAUUGUGAUAUGCGUUGUGUAUUGCAGUCCUUGGUCUAAAACGGUUUUAAGUCACUGUAUCUGCCAAGUUGAUAUAAUGAGCGUUAUAACCUGACUCUGACACCUGACACCUGAAUCUGAGGAAAUCCUUGUCCAAAAUGAUGGUACAGAAGAACGUCCCUUAGCGGACACCUCUCUAUUAAGGACAACCUCUCAAUUAAGGCAACCUCUCAAUUAAGGACAAUCUCUCAAUUGAGGACACUAGGUUUGGUCCCAAAUUGGUUGUUUCUAUUCAAUUUGACCUCUCUAAUCAGGACACCUCUCUAUUAAGGACAUCACUUAUCAGUCCCAAGGGUGUCCUUAACCAGUUGAAUACCGGCGACAACAAUAGUCGGUAGCUAUUGAAGUCAAGUUUUUACCGCUGCACGGUUUUUUCGGUCGCUGCCUAAUUAUUUUCUGUACAUAAUUAGGUAUAGCCUAUCGUUAUUUGAUCGGUGUAUGGAGUUGCUAUGGGUUGUAUGAAAUGGCAUGAGAGCCUCUAGUUUGACCUAAAAUGUAUAGAUGGCGAAACUUUUGAUUAUUUUUGGCGCUGAAUCAGGAAGUCUCGGAGAAGCACAUGGCGUGUAUCAUGACUUUCUGGAUCGUUUCUAUUGUAUUAUUUUACGUUGAAUAUGAGCUCGUGGGCUAAGUUUGGGUGGAGGAGGCAAAGGUUGAUGUUAUAGGACGUUGAAAAUCCCGAUAAGUAGUGAUUGAUUAUCGAUGUCUAUAUAGAAAAUCACAAAAAUCAAUCAAUCGAUAUUGGUGAUUGAUCACCAAUUUACAGAUAUGAACUGGCAACCAAUUACAAUCGAUAGGCCUGUCGAUUCCCUUCACGAAAAUGUAUAGUUUUGGGGGUCUAUCACCAAAAACCUAAUUGAUAUAAUUUUUUGAAAAUUGGUAUCAUAAUUCUGAAUAAUUACUAUAGGUAAUACGGUAUAGACGCGUUCGGACGGUACCGGUAGUCAAGAGGUUAAUAGAGAGGUUCCACUGUAUUUUCAAAAAAGCAAAUCCUAAUAUGUCAUUUUUUGCUCACCGUCUUCCCGGCUCUGCUUUGAUUCUUUAAUUCUGUUCACACUUUGGUGCAGAAAGUCGAGGAGUAACAUUUUAGACACGGCAUGGCCAUUGCGGUACAGUAGAACCUCUCUAUUAAGGACACUCAUGACAAGUGAUGUCCUUAAUAUAGAGGUGUCCUGAUUAGAGAGGUCAAAUUGAAUGGAAACGCCUAAGUUGGAACCAAAACUAGUGUCUUUAAUAAAGAGGUUGUCCUUAAAAGAGAGGUGUCCGCUAAGGUUCUACUGUAUAUCCGUCUGCUUUUGAGAAACUCCCAUAUAAAUAUGUCUGAAUGUACAGAAAUUUAUCUUUGAUGUAAAAUGUAGAAAGCCACAGUUUAUUAUUCAUGGAAUUCAUGUACAUACAAAUGAUUUCUUCUA